CCCAGCUACUUCGAAGGCUAAGGCAAGAGAAUCACUUAAGCCCAGGACCUGGAGGUUGCUGUGAACUGUGUGAUACCACAGCACUCAACCGAGGGCCAUAAAGUGAGACUCUGUCUCCAAAAAAAAAAAGAGAGAGAGAGAGAGAGAGAGAAAGGACCCCACUAGCCCUCCCCUGGAGGUCUGCCGCAGGCCCUGGGGAGAGCAAAGGGCCUCCCUCUGGUGUGCUUCCCAUUUCAGUUCUCCCACCAGUGAACCCCCUACACUCAGGCCCUACCAAGAGAGCAGAGCAAAUAGACAGAACUGGAUCCCCACAGGCCCACCACGUGCGGAGUGCAGGGUGCCCAGCUCUGAGCACUUGGCUCACUCAGCAGUCUCUGCCACCUUGGCAGGUUGGCGCUGCCAGGCCCGAGAGACCAUGGCAUCCCCAGUGAAGAGGCCCCACAAGAGCACUCCAGAACCCCCCCAGCCCAGACACAACCUAUGCGACCCUGGCAACCCCCUGGCACUCCCACAACACGUGGGCUCUGCCACUGUACAAGCAGAUGACCUCCAGAAGCUACUCAAGCCGCUGUGAGCCCCAUUUCCUCAUCUGUGAAGACCAGGUGAUAACCAUCCACUCAAUUCUCGGGAGGACCCAAGCUGCUGCUACCUGUCAACAGGGCGAUGGGAGCCCAAGUGGGGAGCUGCCACACAGAAGCCCUCUGAAGUGGGAGCACCCGCAGAGAAAAGCUGCGCCCUAGCACCCCCGCCUCUUCAAAAAUCACAGACCGCGCGGAGAGCGGUUCCCGGGCACCAGUACAGAGGCACAUGGCCCAGGCCCCACCCCCGCAGGUGCGGACUCCACCACCUGCGCGGCCAGGAGCCGGAGGGGGGUGGGGAAAGGACGCGGCGCUGGGGGCGGGGCCGUAUGCGACCGUCCCGCCCCGCGCCCUCCCGGCCCCGCCCCGCCGUGACGCACCUGGAAUUGGCGCGGCCGAGGCCGCAGGACCCCGAGCCCACCCCCCCGCGCCCGCGCCCGCGCUCCCUGGCGUCCCAGCCCCGCCCAGCCGCGCGCCGCCGCCACCCUGGCCGCGCCCGCCGCCUUCACCAGCCCCGGGGAUUCGCGCGCGGUGCCUAGAGCGCGUCGGGCUGCGGCGAGGAGGGCCGCGCGCGGGCGGCAGGCGCGGGGCUGCAGGGCGCUUACUGUCCAGAGGCAGUCUCACUUUAUCGCCCUCAGUAGAGUGCCGUGGCGUCACACAGCUCACAGCAACCUCCAACUCCUGGGCUUAGGCGAUUCUCUUGCCUCAGCCUCCCCAGUAGCUGGGACAACAAGCGUCUGCCACAACACCUGGCUAUUUUUUUUGUUGCAGUUUGG